AUGCACCUUAGCACAGGCUCUAAGCGGUCCUCUAUAAAGAAUGAUAGCACCUCCUAUGCACCUUUCUCACAAGGUUCCCUAGACCCUUACAGUUCAGAGUGUGGUCCAUGGACCAGCAGUAUCAGCAUCACCCAGGAGCUUUUUGAGAAGCACUACUACCGAUUACAAUGUGGAAAACUGUGUCCUGUGAUCCUAGAUUCUGAACCAAAAGGAGCCACAUAUUAUGGGGGUAUCUGGAGCCCCAGGAGCAAAGGAGCAAGCAUGAGAGAUUCUCACAGCUACCAGCUGGUCCUACCGCUGGAAGUGAACCUUUUAUCCCGAACACUGCCCGAGGGCCUACCUGAACAGAGGCUGUCUUGGCUGAGUUUACAGAACAGCCAUGUGGUCGUGUUGGCUGACAGGGGUUUGCACGUGUGGCAGAAUUGGAGUUGGAACACCUUAGUUCCUGGAACAAGGCACCUGCUGAAAGGUCUGCUCAAGAAGAAAAAACUAGAACAAAGAUCAAAGCUUGAAAAUUUAGAAGACCUUGAAGUUAUCAUUCAACUGAAGAAAAAGAAAAAAUACAGGAAAACUAAAGUUCCGGUUGUGAAGGAACCUGAACCUGAAAUCAUCACAGAACCUGUGGAUGUGCCUCGGUUUCUGAAGGCUGCCCUGGAGAAUAAACUGCCAGUAGUAGAAAAAUUCUUGUCAGACAAGAACAAUCCAGAUGCCUGUGAUGAGUAUAAACGGACAGCUCUGCAUAGAGCAUGCUUGGAAGGACACCUGGCAAUUGUGGAGAAGUUAUUGGAAGCUGGAGCACAGAUCGAAUUCCGUGAUAUGCUUGAAUCUACAGCCAUCCACUGGGCAAGCCGUGGAGGAAACGUGGAUGUCUUAAAAUUGUUGCUGAAUAAAGGAGCAAAAAUCAGUGCCCGGGAUAAGUUGCUCAGCACAGCGCUGCACGUGGCGGUGAGGACGGGCCACUACGAGUGCGCGGAGCAUCUCAUCGCCUGCGAGGCGGACCUCAACGCCAAAGACCGAGAAGGAGAUACCCCGCUGCACGACGCCGUGAGACUGAAUCGUUACAAGAUGAUCCGACUCCUGAUUAUGUACGGCGCGGACCUCAACGUCAAGAACUGUGCUGGGAAGACCCCGAUGGACCUGGUGUUACACUGGCAGAACGGAACCAAAGCGAUAUUUGACAGCCUCAAAGAGAACUCCUACAAGACCUCUCGCAUAGCUGCGUUCUAGGAGACACGACCGACGGAUCGCGGGCUUUCUUCAGCUGCUCCUCACCAGUGGCCUUUGGAAGGCCGGGCCCCAGAGAAGAGCAACUUAGUUACAAAACCCUAUGGUCAGGCUGCAACUUGUCAAGUUUCAAGAAAGCACUGGGACAUAGGCAUUGAAAUUUCCCUUAGGGCGACCCACUCUAUUUAUUUGUAUCUAUUCCUGUGCAUUUAUUUAUUUAUUCUUAAAUGAACUCCACUAUCACUGAUACUCAGAUUCUUUAUGCUCAUCCGUUUGGUGGGCAGAGCUUGAUUCGUACACAACGCUCCAGAGCCUUCCCGUAGAUAGUCCGUAACCCAUGCCAAUGAGCAGUGCUCAGUGGCUGCCUAUGUGUCACCUCACUCACGUAGGAUAUUUCAAGGUGUUUCUAAGAGACAAAGGUGAUUAUUGCCGCCCUCUUUUCUCCUGAAUUUUUACUGCUGAAGUCUGAGGCAAUGGAAAAGCAUACAGUGACGGAAACAGUAGAAUGGAAGAGAAGGACAGGAAAGCCAGCCGUUUUCCGGCUGGGCCUGGUAUUCCUUACCAAGUCACACACUGUGCUGAGGUGAAGCGGAUGUUGCGAGUGUGAGCGGAGUGCAGUGGAAGGAGUGGGCAACGGGGCCAUGCAGAAUGGGAUUUGCUCAAAAAGAUGAAAGUAACGGCAAAUUGUAAAUGUGUAAAUGUAUCUUAUGUCGUAUGUAUAUUUUAUAUUCAUAAUAAAAGCAAACACAUUCUAAACCUC